AUGGCUUCGGCUGCCAGAUCUGCAUCCCGGGUUUUCCUUCGCUCGACCCCGGCGACUUCCUCUUUCCGUCCUGCUGCGCGCAGCACCCGUUUCGCCAUCCCCCAGAGUCUCCGUGCCUCUGCCCGUCGUGGAUAUUCUUCUGAAGCUGGCUCCGAGAAGUCCUCCUCAUCCUCCACUGGCAUCUGGGCUUUCGGUAUUGCUGCUCUCGGCGCUGGUGGUGCGUACUUCUACCUGAACGGCGCCUCCCCCAAGGGCCCCUUCGUCCCCACACAGGCCGACUACCAGAAGGUGUAUGACGCCAUCGCUCUCCGUCUCCAGAACGAGACGGACUAUGACGACGGCAGCUAUGGUCCUGUCCUCGUCCGUCUUGCAUGGCACGCCAGCGGUACCUAUGACAAGGAAACCGGCACCGGAGGUAGCAACGGCUCCACUAUGAGAUUCGCUCCCGAAUCUGACCACGGCGCCAACGCCGGUCUCAAGCACGCCCGUGACUUCCUCGAGCCCAUUAAGGCCCAGUUCCCCUGGAUCACCUACUCUGACUUGUGGACUCUGGCUGGUGCCUGCUCCAUCCAGGAACUGGGUGGCCCCACGAUCCCCUGGAGACCCGGCCGUGAGGACAAGGACGUCGCCGCCUGCACUCCCGACGGCCGUCUGCCCGAUGCCGCCCAGGGCCAGCGUCACAUCCGCGACGUCUUCGGUCGCAUGGGCUUUGAUGAUCGCGAGAUGGUUGCCCUGAUCGGUGCCCACGCUCUGGGUCGCGCUCACAGUGACCGCUCUGGCUUCGAUGGUCCCUGGGACUUCAGCCCUACUGUCUUCAGCAACGAGUUCUUCAAGCUUCUUGUGGACGAGAAGUGGAACCAGAAGAAGUGGAACGGCCCUACUCAGUUCACUGACAAGACCACUUCCACUCUCAUGAUGCUGCCCACUGAUAUUGCCCUGAUCAAGGACAAGGCAUUCAAGCAGCACGUUGACCGUUACGCCAAGGACAGCGAUGUCUUCUUCAAGGAGUUCUCAGAUGUCUUUGUCAAGCUCAUUGAGCUUGGUGUGCCUUUCCAGGUCAAGCCCGAGGACCGCUUCGUCUUCAAGGCUUCCGAGUAA